AUGCUCAAUAAAAAAAAGUAUUGGUUAUAGGACGAACAGGAGGUAUUUAGUAUAGGAGAAGUUGAAAGUGUAAAUGGAGAUACAUAUACUAUUAGGAGCAAGCAGAAUUAAUCUACUUAACAGAUCAAUUAGAAAGAUUUAAUGGAAAUAGAUGAAUAAAGCUUGCAAGGUAUAGAAGAUUUAUUGAAUUUGCAAGAGUUAAAUGAGGGAAAUUUUCUUAAAAAUUUGAAUGAAAGAUAUAAUAGAAAUGAAAUUUAUACAUGCAUAGGCGAAAGCAUCAUUAUUUCAAUUAAUCCAUUUAAAAAGUUGAACAUUUAUGAUAUUCCCAAAUUUAAGUAAACUAUAAACGAAACCAAGGCGCAUCUAUACAAAAUAACUGAAAAUACAUUAAAAAAUCUUGAGAGCUUUGGCUGUUCUCAAUCCAUAAUUAUUUCUGGUGAGAGUGGUUCAGGAAAGACGGAAUCCACAAAAAUCAUAUUAAAUUAUCUCUCUGAGUUUGAUAAAAGCAAAGAAUCAAAUUAAUUAAAUGACUAAUUAGCAGGCAGCGAAUAAAAAAAGAAAAGUAUUCAAGAAUAAAUAGUUGAUAAUAAUUAUAUUUUGGAAGCUUUUGGAAAUGCCAAAACAGUAAGAAAUGACAAUAGUAGUCGCUUUGGUAAAUUCAUUAAAGUUUAUAUUGGAGAUGACAUGAGAAUAAAGAGUGCAAAUAUUGUAAAUUACUUACUUGAGAAAUCUCGUGUAACUAAAAUAGCAGCAUAAGAAAGAAAUUAUCAUAUCUUUUAUCAGAUGUUGUAAGGAGGUUCGGCUGAUUUCAAAAAAAAAUACUAUUUAAAAAGUAUAGAUAAUUAUGUUUAUCUCAGUUAAGGAGAUACAUUUUCUAAUUUGAAUGAUGAUCAAAACUUUUAAAAUGUUUUAAAAUGUCUUGACAUAAUGAAAUUUACUUCCGAUUAGAUUUAAAGCUUAUUCUCUAUAGUUUCUGCAAUACUUCAGCUAGGUAAUAUCAAUAUUUUUAGUAUAAAUGACCAUUAAUCCUCUAUUGGCGAGCACGAUGAGUAUCUUUAAUAUGCAGCUACCCUAUUAUAACUUCAAUCAAAGGAAGAAUUAAAAAAGGUUAUAUGUAAUCCUAUAAUAUUUGAUCCAAGCUCUAAGACUAACAUCGAAAUAAAUCAAUCAGUUUAACAAGCAUAGCAAAAUGUGGAUAGCUUAUGUAAGCUGCUUUAUGGGAAUAUGUUUGAUUGGAUAGUUGAAUAAAUAAAUAAAACACUCAAUGACAAUAGAGAAGUAGUUUAUGAAUAGACCAAGUAGAGAAUCAGCUUGACCUCUAAAAAUUAAAACUUAAAAAAAAUUGAGAGUUCUUAUCCAUUUUAUAAGGAAAAUAAUGUAGGGAUUUUAGAUAUUUUUGGAUUUGAAAUUUUUGAAGAAAACUCAUUUGAGUAGCUGUGUAUUAAUUUUGCUAAUGAGAAACUUUAAUUCUAAUUUAAUGAAAAUAUGUUCAAGUCCGAAUAAAAAGAAUACGAAGAAGAAGGAAUUCCUUGGGUUAAAAUUGACUUUGUAGAUAAUAAAAACACAAUUGAUUUAUUUGAAUUAAAGACGGGCUGCAUAUUCAAUUAUUUAGAUGAUGAAUGCAAAAGAAAUGAUGGAAAUGAUCAAAGAUUUAUGAAUUAAGUUAGAAAUAAUCUCUCGAAACAACCGGCUUUGGUUUUAAGCAAUUCUAAAAAUCCUAGAAAUGCUCAGCUUUUUUCUAUAAAACACUUUGCUGGAUAAGUUGAGUACGAUUCUGUUGGAUUCGUUGAUAAAAAUAGAGAUUCUGCUAAUUAGAAUAUUAUAAAUUUAUUAUCAACAUCAUCAAAUAUUAUUUUAUAAUCUAAGUUUCCAAAAAAAGUAUCAGAAACUGAUAAUAAUAUGAAUGCAAAUCCUAGCAACUAAAAUAAUUUUGGGUCUGUAUAAAAUGCUAUUAAAAAUUUUGGUAUUGUUAAAAAUGACACCGUUUAAUAAAAUAGUGCUGCUCCUGCAGUAAAAAAGACAACACUUUCAAACCAAUUUAGGGUUUAACUAACAACAUUGAUUAGUGAACUUAGCAGUAGUACAAACUUUUAUGUAAGAUGCAUCAAACCCAACACUGAAAAGGUAGCAAGUUUUUUUAAUCACUAGGAAGUUCAUAGGUAGAUUAAAUGUGCAGGUCUUUUAGAAGCUAUCAAAAUUAGAAAAUGUGGGUUCUCGCUACGUUUUAAACAUAGAGAUUAUCUUUUGAGAUAUAGCACCUUACUUAGUCACUAAGUAAUUUCUAAAUCUCCCUAAGAUAAAUGUCAAAAAAUUAUUGAUUUGGUUUUAAAUAAUCAAGGAUUAAAAUAAUAAAAAUAAAAGUAGAAAAGUGAAGAUUUGCUCUAUGCAAUAGGAAAGACAAAAAUCUUUUUAAAAGAAAUUAUGAGAGAUUUAUUAGAAAAUUAAUUGAAAAUAUUGCAUGGAGAGAAAGCUGUGAUAAUAUAAAAAAAUUACAAAGCAUAUUAGCAACAAUAAAGAUAUAAAUACACAAAGGUAUGUGUGAUAAAAAUACAAAGAUCUUUUAGAUACAGGCUGUUUAGGUUAGAGAUGCAAGAAAGGAUUAGAUAAAAAGAAAUUAGGAGACUACAACUAGAGCAAUAGAAAAGAGAAGAAGAGGAAAGACUUAGAAGAUUAGCUGAAGAAGAAGAAAUUAGACAGAGAGAGCUUGAGCUAAUAAGAUAGAGAUAGUAUGAAGAAGAAUAAGAAAGAAUUUAAAGAUUGCAAAAUUAAAAUAAUACCAAUCAUAAUCAUAAUAAUAAUCAAGGCUUGAGUUAAUAUUUGCAGCAAAAUAGUGAUCAUCUAAAUUCAACUGAAUAUUUAAAUGUAUCACCUUAGAACAGAGCUAAUUACUACAAUGAUGCUAAUUCUCUUAUAGCUUAGAUAGAAGAUUAAAUUAAAAAAUAAAAUCCAAGCAGUAUGUUUGAUGAAGAUGAUGACCAAGAAGAAUACGAUGAAGUAAAUGGAAACAAUUAAGACUUUAAAGAAAAACAUAUUAAAAACCAACAUGCCAAUAAGCACAGUAGCGGCUCUCCUGCUUUCAAACAUGAAUUGAAUCUUUCUACCUCAAAAAGCAAUAAUUCUGGAGCUAAUAAUAUCACAAAUAUUAACGAUGUUAGUGAGAUUAUAUAGAACAACUUAAUUUCAAGUCAAAAAGAAAAUGAAAUAAUGGAAAUUUUGAAGUAAAAAAGUAAACUAUUUUGCCAACCAGAUUUAAUGAGCUUUUCACUUUAUUAGUUUUUGUGUACUUCCCAAACUCUUAAUGAUUUUCUUCAAAUGACAUAGAUUUAAAUUAUAGAAUAAUUAAAGCAAAUUAUAUCUUUAGAGUAAUAAAUAGCAGCUUAAAAUAAGCUACUCUAAGAAAAAGAUUAAAUAGAAAAUUCGUUAGAGAGAAAGCUAGAUUCAAAUAUUUUAAAUAAUGCCAUUGAAGUAGAGAUGCUAAAGCAAGAAAUAGCUUAGCUUUAAAAUCUUAAUUUUAGCCUAGAAUAAGAGAACAUAAAAUUAGGAGAAAAAAUAAAAAGCAGUAAUGAUUAAAUGAAUGGAUUAAAGUUAAGUAGAGAAGAAGAAUAAGCAUUGAUUUUCUCCAAAAAUACAUAGCAAAAAUACGAAGACUUAGAAAGGGAAAAUUUAUUCUUGAAAAAAUAAGUUGACAACCUAAAUGAAUAACUAAAGUAGUAAGAGAUUUAAUUAAAAGCCAUUUAAAAAAUGAAUGAGUAGUAAAGAGCAGAGAUUUCUAAACGGGAUUAGGUAAAAAUGUAAUUAGAAACCUCACAAAAUAAUGAAAGGGUGGAGUUUUAAAGGCUAAGCAAGUAAUAUAAAAAAUUAGUUUAGAAAGAUAAAUAUAACGAAAUGGUAAUAGAAUCUGUUUUCUAGUUACUCAAAGAUAAAAAUGAAGAACUGGAUCUUAUAAAAAACUCUGUAAAGCUACAAAAUUUAUAAACAGAUUAGUCUCUUUUGAAUAAUAUAAUUUAAAAAUAAGAGGAUUCUCUAGCAAAACUAAAAUAGAUAUACAAGGGAGAUAAGCAAAUAGAUUGA